AUGGCCUCCCACGACACCAUAGAGCGAGGGGAUGUCGCUCGACCUCGCUCAUCUUUCUCUUCAUCAUCACAACCACGUCACCACCUCCAUGAAAAAAUCGAUAUUGAAAGUAUCGUUUCCAAUGAAGAACCUUUACCAGUGUUGGAACCACCGCCUCACCACCUCCACCACCACCACCACUCCUCCUCCUCCAACGACAUCACGUACGAAUACCUCACAUUCGACACCGAGAUCCCAUCCUACCCCGACCUCGACCUGCGCAAGUACGAAUCUGCACUGACAUGGUCCCCGGCGCACAAGAGGACCAUUCUAGUGCUUUGCUGUUUCUGCACCUUCUUCGCCGCCUACUCGGCCGGAAGCUACUCGAUAGCCAGCUCGCCGCAGCGGUCAAAGUGGCACCUGUCCCAGACGGCCUUCAACACGGGCGUGACGGCGUGGGCGCUCGGGUUCGCGAUGUCGCCCAUGUUCCUCGCGCCCUUUUCCGAAAUCAACGGCCGACGACCCGUGUUUCUGGGCAGCGCCGUGGUUUUCCUGGCGGCUCUGAUCGCGUGCGCGACCACCCCCUCGUUCGCGGGCAUGCUGGUGGCGCGCUUCUUCGUCGGCGCCGGGGCGAGCACCUUCUCCACCAUGAUCGGCGGCGUCUUGAGUGACGUUUACACCAACGAGGACAGAAACACGCCGAUGAGCAUCUACUCCGGGUGCGCGCUCGCGGGGACCGCCGUGGGUCCGCUGUGCAGCGGGUUCGUCGUCGGCCAGGGCGUGAACUACAGGUGGGUGUAUUAUCACCAGGUCAUCGCCGUCGGGGCGCUGUUGGUCGUGGUGUAUUUCUUCUUCAAAGAGUCGAGGGGAUCGGUGCUGCUGAGCCGCAAGGCGAGGGCGAUCAAUGCCUAUUUUGACAAGAUGGAGGAGGAGGAGGGGGACGCGCAGAGUCAAAAUCAAAACGACGUGCACGCAUUCGCUUCCAAGGACGUCGCCGGGGACGACGUCAACGUCAAGGUCCAGGAUGAGUGCGAGGGCACCGAGAAGGAUGCCGCUGGACGACAAGGGUCAGGUCGAAGCACACGCGUCCGGUACAAGGUGGCGGCAGACGAAUCGCGGUCGUCUCUGUCGCACAUGAUCUACCUCUCGCUCACGAUCCCGUUCAAGCUCAUGUUCACGGAACCGGUCGUGUUCUUCUUCAGCCUGUGGGCGGCGUUCGCGUGGGCGCUGCUGUACAUGACCUUCUCGGUGAUCCCGCUGGUGUUCAGCACGCGGCACGGCUUCGACACCGAGCAGAGCGGCGCCGUGUUCGGGGCCAUCGCCGCCGGGUCCGUCGUGGCGACCGUCGUGUCGGUGUUCCAGGAACGCAUCGCCAGGCGCCACUGGCCCAAACUCCUCACCGCGUCGCCCGAGUCCCGGCUGUACUUUGCCUGUCUCGAGGCCGCGCUGCUGCCCGUGGGCCUGUUCUGGUUCGGCUGGACCACCUUCUCGAGCGUGCACUGGAUCUCGCCCGUCCUCGCCCUCGGCUGCGCCCAGAUGGGCAUCUUCGCCAUCUACCUCGCCGUCUUCAACUACCUGGCCGACGUGUACCACCGGUACGCCUCGAGUGCCCUGGCCGCCCAGGGCUUCGCGAGGAACGUCUUCGCCGCCGUGUUCCCCUUGUUCACCGACCAGAUGUUCACGCGCCUGGGGUACCCCGCCGCGAGCAGUCUGCUGGGCGGCAUCGCGGCGCUGUUGACCGCCGUGCCGUGGGUGUUGUUGUUCAACGGCGAGAAGAUCCGAGCGAGGAGUAAGAUCGCUCGAGAGAUCAUGUCGGCGACUUGA